AUGACGACAACGACCACGAUGUACCACGAGAUUGAUGCAGCAGCAGCGGCAGGAGCAGAGGUAACAUCUCCGCAGGAGGAGGGACAGGCAGUGUUAGUGCCUGAGCGGAGAUCGAGGCGAUUUCUACGAAGGGUCUCUGUGGCCCUCCCUUUCCUGUUGUCGGCAUUGGUACUUUACAUCUACUACAUCUAUGUGGUCCAUGUCUGCAUCGAUUAUCUGCUGAAGUACCAGCACGACACCUUCCUGGCCUCCGCGAUCACAGACAUCUCAACCCACCAUCCCGCCCACAACUACGCCUUACCAGUUGCAAAAAGUACAUCGUCGCACCUCCCUGUUCCCUCUAAUAUCCAGCGCACAAGUCCUCACUUGGCCUCCAUUGUCACAGCGCCCAAAUACCCAUCUGCAGCCGUCGCUCCUGCAGCCUCCACUUCUGACCUUACGUCUUCAAGAGACACCAACCAUAUCGGUAUCACAAUCCCAAGCGAGAUCCAUGUCCUCGAGCCCACUCACACCACUCCUCAUUCCAUUGGCUACCCUGCCAGCCACAGUGGUAGCAGUGGCGUUGGAGCUGUCCGUGUCAGCAUUGACAUCCCUGGACCCAUGCAGAGAUCCCGUCAUGCUAGCGAUGGGAGUGGCACUCAGCAACCCCUGGCCACCCUCAGCAUCUCCAAGAGGAACGGCAGUUCCCGGUGGUGCAAUGUCUGCAAGAUCGUCAAGCCUGACCGGUGUCACCAUUGCUCAGAGUGCAACCGCUGCGUGCUUCGGAUGGACCAUCACUGUCCCUGGGUGAACGGCUGUGUCGGCUUUGACAACUACAAAUACUUUUACCUGUUCAUCUUUUACGGCUCUCUGGCGUCUCUCUGGGUGGUCGGCUCGAUGAUUCCUAUGCUUCUCCAAGCUCUUCAAGGCUACGGCCCCGACGACCAGUCAUGGAACAAGGUCAACUCGACUAUGUCCGGUGCUGCUUCCUCUGCUGAUGAACCUUUCAACUCGGACGACAGACCGGGGGGCGCACGCAUGAACGACUGGAAGGAUGGUCAGAGAGAUAUGUGGAACGGUAGUCUCCGUCGACCGUUUGAUGUACAAUGGAUCAUCAUUACCGUUGUGGCCUUCCUGUUGGCGCUACUUAUCGUCUCGUUCACGGGUGCCCAUACGAGCUACAUUCUCAACAACCGAACAACCAUCGAGGCGAUGCAAGAUGUACGGAACACCUUUGUCAGGGUGCAGUACCGCAAGAAGGAUCCUGAACCAGAUGCCGCUGCCACCUCUGGAACUGUCGGUCCAUCAGUUCCAUCGCCUCGAGCAGGGACGCUACCUUCGUUCAUGUCUGAGAUCGAGUUUAAUGUUGUGAUGGUGGAACAAGGCGAGUCGCUUUGGAACCAGGGGUCAUGGCUUGCCAAUUGGAAGUACUUCAUGGGGCCCACCUGGUGGCUCUGGUUCAUUCCGUACUUCAAUACCCCUGGCGACGGCAUCCAUGACAUCUACAGUGAAAAAGUCCACAUGAGGUUGGUCGGCGAUGCUUUGGCACAGGCAAGGAUGCAGGUCGUCAACUUUGGCGGCCUGGCUCGAGAUGCAGGCGACAAUGGUGGUGAAGGAGACACCGGUGCAGACUCAAAGACGGGUGCUGCAUCGGAUCAAAGUUGGUCGCAGAGGGGAUCCGAUAUCGAGAUGCAAAUCCAUGGGAACAGUCCUGCAGGCGAAGGGUCUUGGGACAGGAACAACACUACUCGCAGUAAAAGCCAAUCGGGCCAGACGAGUGGAUACACAACACCUACGAGAGGACAGUCAGGACCAAGCCCUAGUCCUCGUCAACGGUCACCCAAGCCCUCAAGGGGCCAAUCCCAGUCUCAGUCCUCGUCAAGUGGUCGACGUCGUCAACGGACCAAAAGCGGAGGCACGAGCGGGAGCUACAGUGGAUACGGGGGUAGUCAUGUCAGGGAGUUUGGCCUGGGUCUUGGCAUGGAUGGCAUUCCCGUUGACAGUGGCACAGGGUUGAAGCUGAGCAGUGGUCACCUCGGUCGAUCUAGCCACAGGAGUCAAGCACGCCAACACCACGGUGUCAACCACCAGUCGUGA